CUCUUCAUGAUCACACCCAACCUUAUGGCAAAAUCUCCCUUCCUCCCUCCUCUUAUGUUUCUUCUGCUGUUUGUAACCUUUACUGCUACUUUAUCUUCCAACAUCACCACUGAUGCAUCCGCCCUUUUAGCCUUAAAGUUUCACAUAACUCAUGAUCCUCACAACUUCAUAGCAACCAAUUGGUCCACUUCUAUCUCUGUUUGUAAUUGGAUUGGUGUCAGUUGUGGAUCCAGACACCACAGAGUCACUGCUCUGAAUUUAUCAUUUAUGGAUCUCACAGGCACCAUCCCAUCUCAACUGGGAAAUUUAUCUUUCCUUACCUCCCUCAACAUUCGUAGCAAUAGUUUCCAUGGCUCUUUACCUGUUGAGUUAAGCAAUUUGCAUCGGCUGAAAUUUUUUCACUUUGGUAACAACAGCUUCAGUGGAGAAACCCGUCAUGGUUUGGCUACUUUGCUCAACUUCAAGGCUUGUGGUUGUACAUGAACAAUUUCACUGGUGUUAUCCCAUCUACUCUGGGUAAUUUGUCAAAGCUAGAAAAGUUGAACUUGUUCGAAAACAAUCUUAAAGGCCAUAUACCAUCAGGAAUAUUUGACAAUCUUUCUAAGUUACAAGUACUCGAUUUAGAUGGGAAUCAAAUAAGCGGUAGAAUUUCAAAGAACUUGUUCAAGUGCAAAGAGUUGACAUUCUUAUCAUUGUAUAGCAACUCUUUGGAGGGAAGUAUUCCUAUAGAAAUCGGAAAUUUGACUAAGCUCCAGGUUUUGUAUCUUGAUCACAACAAACUCCAAGGUUCUAUUCCAUACUCAAUCUUCAACAUUUCCUCUUUGCAACGAAUUGUAUUGUCAAACAACAGUCUCUUUGGUUCUCUCUCUUCCAAUAUGUUUGAUUACAUUCCUCGAUUACUUUAUCUUGAUUUGAGUGGAUGUCACCUUUAUGGAAGAAUUCCGAUGAGUUUGUUCAAGUACAAAGAAUUAAGAACAUUGUAUUUGGCUGAUAAUCAUUUAGAGGGGAUUGUGCCAAUAGAAAUCUCAAAUUUAACUUCGCUCAAGUAUUUCGGCAUCGAAGGAAAUAAUUUAUCAGGUGAAAUUCCCUCAACUGUCGGAAACGUGACUUCUCUUGAGCAACUUGUUCUUUCUGAUAACAAUUUUACAGGGAAAAUUCCUUCCUCAAUAUGCAAUUUGAGUUCCCUUACGGCUCUCUUUUUAUUCAAGAAUAGUUUGUAUGGAACAAUUCCGGAGUGUAUUGGAAACUUAAGUUACUCUCUUACACAAAUUGAGCUACAGUGGAAUAAUUUUCAUGGUAAAAUACCAAAAAAUUUUGCUGACAACUGCAAGCUACAAGCGUUACGGAUAGACAACAACCAAGUAGAAGGGUCGCUACCACGAUCUUUGAGUAAUUGUAAAGAUUUGAAGCUUCUCGAUGUUGGAAACAACUAUUUAAAUGGCACUUUCCCAGACUGGUUAGGAAAUUUGGAACAGCUACAGAUUCUUAUCUUGAGAUCGAACAGAUUCUAUGGUCAAGUGGAUUGCUCAGGAGUUGCAGUUUCCUUCACUCGUUUGCAUGUCAUUGACCUUUCUAAUAAUAACUUAAGUGGCUUCUUACCGAUGAUUUUUUUUGAAAAUCUGCAUGCCAUUAGAGAAGGGUAUGAAAAGAAGGUUAAAGCAGAAUACAUGGCAUAUCCAUCAGUUGAUGGACUGGUGUAUUAUGCGCAAGAUAUAUCUUUUGCAACAAAAGGGUUUGAAACAGAGUUCGAGAAACUGUUAACAAUUUGGAUGGCGAUAGACUUCUCCAACAACCAAUUCAUGGGAGAAAUUCCUAAAACAAUUGGUGAGCUUCAUUCACUAAUUGUUCUAAACCUCUCUCAUAAUUGUCUAACAGGUCAUAUCCCAUCAUCAUUUGGUCAUUUGUCAGAACUUGAAUCAUUAGAUCUCUCAUCAAACAAGAUCCAUGGAAGAAUUCCAGCAGAGUUGAUAAAUCUUGGGUUCUUAGCAGUCUUGAACCUUUCCCGGAAUAAUCUCGAGGGACCCAUUCCUCAUGGCAAACAGUUUGAUACUUUCACUAAUAAUUCGUACAUAGGAAACUUGGGUUUAUGCGGGCUGCCAUUAUCAAAAAGCUGUGAUGACGAUGAGGGAACUCCCACCGAAUUUGGUAGAGGUGAUAAUGAUGAUGAUGGAGUGAAUUGGAAAUUUUCAAUAUUGAUGGGGUAUGGAUGUGGGGUGGUGCUGGGACUCAGUACGGGAUACAUUGUAUUCUCAACUGGAAUCAAUGGCUUCUCCUGA